AUGGCCGAGGAAAUAGACUACGAAUCCCUACCGAGUAAUGCUCCGCUAUCUCAUCAGCUGGCAGCUGGCGCAUUCGCUGGUAUCAUGGAGCAUUCGAUAAUGUUCCCGAUCGAUGCCAUCAAGACCCGAAUGCAAGCUCUGAGUGCGACAAUGGGAUCUGCUUCGGCAGCGACUAAAUUGCCGUCGAACAUCGUGCAGCAAAUCUCAAGUAUUUCGACCACGGAAGGUUCUUUGGCAUUAUGGAAAGGUGUACAAUCUGUGAUUUUGGGAGCUGGACCGGCCCACGCAAUCUACUUUGCGACUUAUGAAAUGUGCAAAGGCUAUCUGAUCGAUCCGCAGGACUUCCAAACCCACCAACCGCUCAAGACAGCUGCGAGCGGGAUUGCGGCAACGAUAGCCGCAGAUCUGCUUAUGAACCCAUUCGACACCAUCAAACAGCGCAUGCAAUUACAAUCCGUGUCCAAGGACCGAAUGUGGUCGGUCGCUUCUAGGAUUUAUCGAAAUGAAGGGUUAGCAGCCUUUUUCUAUUCAUAUCCUACCACAAUUGCCAUGAAUAUUCCAUUUGCUGCAUUUAAUUUUGUCAUUUACGAAUCCUCUACAAAGCUUUUCAACCCAGAAAACACCUAUAAUCCACUCAUACACUGUUUGUGCGGUGGAAUCAGCGGUGCUACAUGUGCGGCCGUUACCACACCUCUGGACUGCGUCAAAACGGUAUUGCAAGUUCGCGGGAGUGAUAGUGUAGUAAUUCCGCUUUUCAAACAAGCUGACACUUUCACAAAGGCCGCUAGUGCUAUCCACCAGGUUUAUGGCUGGUCUGGUUUUCUAAGAGGCCUCAAACCCCGUAUCAUCAGCAAUAUGCCCGCUACUGCAAUUUCAUGGACUGCAUACGAAUGUGCGAAGCAUUUUCUUUUCAAGUCGCCCUCGACUUCCUAA